UUUACCAUAUAAAAAUGGGCAUUCUUGAUUACUACAAUUACCAAUACUGUAUCUUCCUCUUCCUCCUCCUCCUCCUUGUCCACCACUUCCGCCUAGCCGACAGGAGAGGGAAGAAACCGUGUGAGCCCACCAACUAUCCCGUCAUCGGCAUGCUCCCCGACGUCAUCCUCAACCUCCACCGCGCCCACGACUACCUCAAUCAGAUCCUCAACGACUGCGGCGGCACCUACUUGUUCAGGGGCCCCUGGCUCAGCAACAUGGACAUGCUCUUCACCUCCGAUCCCGCCAACAUCCACCACGUCUUCAGCCGAAACUUCUCCAAUUAUCCAAAGGGCCCUGAGUUCCGCAUCAUCUUCGACAUCCUCGGCGACGGCAUCUUCAGCGCGGACUUCGAGCUCUGGGAGAUUCACCGGAAAACCACGCUGGCCCUGCUCACGCAUGCCGACUUCAACGCCCGCCUCGAGAGAACCGUUUGGGGCAAGGUGGAAACAGGCCUUUUCCCUGUUCUUGAUCAUUUCUGCAGCGGAAUUGGAAUGGAUUUGGAUUUGCAGGAUGUUUUCCAGAGAUUCACUUUCGAUAACAUAUGCAAGCUUGUGUUGGAUCACGAUCCCUGCAGCUUGUCCCUCGACAUGCCUUACCUCCCCUGCGAGAAGGCCUUCAGUCACGUGGCGGAGCCGUUGCUGCGCCGCCACGUCACCCCGCGGGGUGUGUGGAAGCUUCUGAGACUGCUGAAGGUCGGCUCCGAAAGGAAGCUUCUCGAAUGUUCCAAAGCUUUUACUGAGUUCAUCUACCCGCACAUUAGAGGCGGCGGCGGCGGCUCUAUGCUCAGAGCAUUCGAGCGUGUUUACAGAGAGAAGAAGAUCGGGUCCACGGAUGGUCUGAGGGACUUCCUCAAGGACACCUCGCUGAAUCUGAUGUUUGCCGGGAGAGACACGACGAGCACGUGCCUCACGUGGCUCUUCUGGCUUGUCGCGCAGAAUCCGGCUUCCGAGAGGAAGAUUCUAGAAGAAAUAGAGCACGAGUUUGGUAAAAGAAACUGGAGGUGUUUCACUGCGCAGGACUCGCAGAAGCUGGUAUACCUGCAUGGAGCACUCUGCGAGUCGCUGCGGCUGUUUCCGCCGGUGGCGCUGGAGCAUAAGGCUCCGGUGAGGCCGGAUGUCCUGCCGAGCGGGCACCCCCUGGGGCGUAACGGGAAGCUGAUCAUAUCAUUUUAUUCGGUGGGGAGAAUGGAGAGUGUGUGGGGGAAGGACUGCUUGGAAUUCAAGCCGGAGAGAUGGAUCACGAGCAAAGGAGGGCUGAGGCACGAGGCGUCGUACAAGUUUCCGGCGUUCAACGCGGGGCCGAGGAUGUGCCUGGGGAAGGAGAUGGCGUUCAUACAGAUGAAGAUGGUGGCGGCCGCAAUUAUGCGCCGCUACCAUGUCCGAUUAGUUGAGGGUCAUCCAGUAUGUCCUCGUGAGUCGAUCAUACUCCAAGCCAAGCACGGACUCAAGGUGAACUUGUCUAAAAGAAAUUGAUAAUUAAUUAUCUUAAUCUAAGUGUGACAGCCAUCUUAAUAUGAUGUUUAACUCCUCCAAAGUUUGGUUUUACACAGCCACGUUUAUCGUUAUUGCAUGUUACUACAAUGUCUGGCUUCUUACGCCACUCAAGCGUUAAACUUUUUUUUCAUAAAGUUAACAA